AUGGCAUUGUUCCUGGCGGAGAUGUCGCGGCUCCUGCAGGAACAACGCCGUCCGCUACCACCCUUAGUUCCAACACCUCGGACGGGGACAUUGCGUUUACAUGCCGAGAUUCCGAAAUAUUCAGGCUACGCAGAUAGAAAAUCGGUUGCUGAUUUUCUUGACGAAUUGCGUGAAUACCAGGCGGUGUCUGAAAUGUCUGAGGUUGAACUUCUAUCACGCGUACUGCCGAUCGCCCUCACGGGAAGCGCCGCGACAUGGCGUCGGAGACAAUCACCCUUCUCGACGCUACAAGACUUUUCGGAGCAGUUCAAAAAUGAAUUUCUGCCUCCCGAUUACGGCGCGCGAAUGCUCGAUGAGCUUAGGGCGCGCACUCAGCACCGCGACGAGUCCCUAGUCGAGUUUGUUCGGGCGCUCCAAACUCUCUAUGACAGGGCUGACCCUAGUGCGUCCGACUCAGACAAAGUGUCGCGGGCUAUCCGGCAAAGCCACCCGCAGUUUCAUCCCUACCUGCGUGGGCGGGUGUUCCGGAGUUUGGACGAGUUGGCCCAAGCAGCCCACCAGAUCCAGGCGGACAUCCUGGCCGAACUAAGAUAUCGGCCUCCUCCACCGCCGGAGGCUUGCCUGGAACCGUCCUGCGCUUGGACAGGCACGACCAGGCAAUCCAUGGACGAGCAUGGGUCACGGCCAGUUCUCCCCGGAAGGGUACCCCGAGCGCUGGACCCUUACACCCACGGACUGGGCGAUGGUGCUCAAGUCCGCGAGCAUGGCCGCCAAUACCAAGCCCCAUCCAGAGAGCGAUACCCAAGGGCCACCUCAGCUACUCUCCGCUGCUUCCGGUGCGGAAGUCUCGGCCACUUUCGCCGGGACUGCACCCGGCGGGUUUCAAACGACAAUUCGGGAAACGAGGUAGGCCGCCGAUAGCAGGGCCCUGUCUGUCGGUGGCUUCUCCUUGUUACAGGCCCUCGGUCACCCCACCGUCUCGGUUCUUCAGCAGUCUCGGCCCAG